AUGGUCUGCCUUCUCGCAUUUCUUUUGUACACGGGAACAGAAUUACAACAAAAGGAUCGAUUUGUCAUCACGUCCUUCGAAAAAAAUCAACCGUCUUACCAGAGCUAUGAAGUUAACUAUCAAAAACUAUUUCCGGAGCCUGACAAAAUCUCUGGAAUUCACAGCACUUUGGUUGAAAUUGACGGGCCCGGUACUUACUUAACGGUUUACUGCUCCAACAAAAUGUCAACCAAUGAUUUAGAGAUGUUUAUUAGUAGAGGCUUGACCAAGACGCAGUUCGGCCUUGAUAUGGGAUUUAGCAAUGAAUUGAUUGUGGAACAAAAUUGCUUCAACUACGUGUACAACCUUUAUUUUAAAAGAGCAAAGAGAGCUAUAAGUUUGGGACUUGAUGAGAUUCAAGCACCAGAACCUGAUUUACUCCCUGUCUCAUGGCUCAUUCAGCCGGAUCAGUGUACGAAAAGGGUCUUAAUAAGUUUAGCCUAUCAGCGGAGUCUUCUAUGUGCUGAUGGGUUUGGAUUCUGGACGACGUUUCGUGAUGAAGAAUUACCAACCAUAAAAUUUGAUGAGCCAGUGGAAAUAGCAGCUACAGUGCUAGAAGGUCAAAUGAUCAUGAGAAAAACCAUGGGGAUGCAGGAAACAGCAUUAGGGUGGAAUCAGGGUAAACUGCAAAUAUUUUCGCGGGAAAUGGGGAGUUUCUGGAACCAGGGACCCUCUGUUUUUGAGAAACCAUCUUCAGGAUGGAUCAUAUCCGAAUUUGUUAGGAAUAGUAAUGCGCAAGUAAAGAAUUUUAUGAAAAGAUUCGACGCACGAUAUCAAAAUAAAGAGCAUACGUCUGAAUGUCUUGGGUUCCGGAAGACAGUUUCCCUCGGCAUUGACGCCUGCCAAGAGUUGAGAAACAAAAAUCUGCGUGUAAAAUUGACUAAACUUAGUCCCUCAACGGCGGACGGCUAUUUGGAUGGAGUCAAAUUUCAUAGACUGAAAGGAAUACAUUAG